AUGUGGCGGGGGCGGAGCCAGCGGCCUCAUUUGCAUACGCCGGGACUUGGCCAAUGGGCAGCGCGGGGGGUGGGGCUUGGGAACGCGGUGUUACCAACCGCCCGCGCGCGCGCGUGCGCGGGUGCCGGCGUGACCGCGGCCAAGACCUCAGCGGUGCCCGCGGCCCUGGAGGCGGGGGCGGCGGAGCCCAGCGCGGGGGGACCGGCCCUGGUUCCCCCGGGGCGGCGCCUCCUGGAGGCCCGGCCCAGCGCAGAGACCACGCAGCUCCGGGGGCGCCAGGCCGCGUUGUCGGUGGGGAGGCUGAAGAAGCAGUUACUCAAAGCCAGCCAGCUAAUUAGUGAAAAAAUAAAUGGCAUUGAAGGCACGAAACUAGAUGACCACUUUCUUGACCUGGAAAAGAAAGUAGAUCUCACCAAUAAAGCUGUUUCAGAAAUCCUUUUGAAAGCCACGGAAUACAUUCAGCCCAAUCCAGCACACAGAGUGAAGCAGGGCAUGCUGGUCCCGGUGUCGAAGAUCCACAAUCGGGGGAACGCCCCGGAGUGCCCGCAGCCGGAGGGCCUGCUGGGCGACUGCAUGCUCAAGUACGGCCACGAGCUGGGCGAGGACUCCAUCUUCGGCGGCGCGCUGAUCGAUAUGGGCAAGGCCAUGAAGCUGAUGGCGGAGGUGAAAGAAUCCUUUGAUAUUAACGUCAAGGAAACCUUUAUCGAGCCACUCCAGUUAGUACACGACGAAGAUUUAAAGCAGAUUUCGCACCACUUGAAGAGGCUGGAGGGCCGCCGCCUGGACUACGAUUAUAAAAGGAAGCGCGUUGGAAAGAUCCCCGACAACGAGAUCACACAAGCAAUGGAAAAGUUUGAGGAGUCCAAGGUCGUGGCAGAGAGAAGCAUGUUUAGGUUUUUAGAAAAUGACGUAGAGCAACUCGGCCAGUUGGCCCAGUUUGUCCAGGCGGCUCUCGACUAUCACCAGCAGUCGGCCGACAUCCUGCAGCUGCUGCAGAGGAAGCUGCGGAUACGAAUCGCGGCCGCCUCCUCUCUGAGCAGAAAUAACUUCAGGCCACGGCCCCUGAGAAGGUGUCCCUGCGCACUCAACGUGUCCGCCGCCUCCUCGUCCAGGUCGAAAGGAUAUGAACUUUGAGGACGUGGCCAUUUCCUUCUCUCAGGAGGCGUGGGGGCUCCUUGAUGAGGCUCAGAGACGUCUAUACUGCGAUGUGAUGCUGGAAGUGUUCGCACUUGUAUCAUCCGUAGAUUUUUUUCCUUGUUCUUGAUCAUCAGUAGCCCAGACCUUCAUUGCAGCAUCCUCUAAGUCCUUCCUGGAAAUCUUUUGCUCUCAUCCAGUUGCACGAAGCCAAGGAUGUUGGCAUAAAAUGGGCCAGGAGGAGACCUGUUCUGAGGAGAGUGGAUCUGUACAAGUGGAUGCAAAAGUUAUGGCUUCUAAGAGCUCCAGCAACCCAGAGGACCCAUCUCUGUAAGCGGUGUUUCUCGGUUUUAAAAGAUGUUCUGUACCUGACUGAGUCACAAGCCGCAUACUCUGAGCAUAAAGCCUUCUUCAAUGA